CCCAGUGAUAGGUUAACUGUUGUGUUUGCUGGCUGACUAGUCACUCAGGUCUGCUACUGCUGUCUUUAGUUUAAAGUUAAAACUCUCCUCAGUUUCACUCAAAUUCGCUCCGCAGAAUCAACGAUGGCAACCCAAGUCAAGAGCGAUGAAUCCGGAGCUGUGGAGAAGGACAGCGCUUCAGCAGGACUCACAGUCAGAGAGAACAUAACGGAGACCGAUGCCUUUAAUCAAAGUUUAUAUAGUCUGGAUCCUAACGAGGCGUAUAACAUGAAUCACAAGAAGCGAGGAAUGGCUCUGAUCUUUAACCAGGAAUCUUUCUACUGGCAGCUUGGGAUGAAUAUCCGUUCUGGCACAGAAGCAGACAAACAGAACCUUGUUCGAAGAUUUCAAGAGCUGGAUUUUGAAGUGAAGGCUUACAAUGAUUAUAAACGGGUUGAAGUUUUAGGCAAAAUCAAAGAAGCUGCUGCUGCUAACCAUGUGGAUUCAGACUGUUUCGUUUGCAUCUUUUUAAGUCAUGGGGAAAAUGGCCACAUCUAUGCUAAUGAUGGGAUGAUUGAAAUUAAAGAAAUCACUGAUUUGUUCAAGGGGGAUAUGUGCCGUAGCCUUGUAGGGAAACCCAAGAUUUUCAUCUUGCAGGCUUGUCGUGGUGACAAGCAUGAUGAUCCUGUGACACCAAUGGAUGUGGUGGACAGUCAAGCGGGCAAUACCGUGGUGGUGGAUGCGGGGGUGCUCUACACCCUUCCAGCAGGAGCAGACUUCCUCAUGUGCUACUCAGUGGCUGAGGGAUAUUACUCUCACCGUGAGACUGUAAAUGGCUCGUGGUACAUCCAGGAUCUGUGUGAAAUCCUGAGGCGUUAUGGUUCCACACUGGAGUUCACUGAGAUCCUGAUGCUUGUCAACAGGAAAGUUUCAUUGCGCAGCGUUGAAAACUGCAAAGAUCGCUCGGCUAUAGGCAAAAAACAGGUGCCUUGUUUUGCGUCCAUGCUCACUAAGAAGCUGUUUUUCAGGCCUAAGAAGUAGUAUUAGUGUUUGGGGCUACAGCAGGUACAAAAUCAGGGAUUAUAUUAUUUUAAGUGGCUUUAUUUCGUGCUCUUAUAUACAUCUUUUUCAAAAUGGGAAUUUAAGAAUGUUUGCAUAUUUUAGCCUUGAGGUUUAACAGUUGGUCUUACAAAGUGGAAAUAGUAGCAUUUAGGUUUUGAAUUGCCUGCAGGCUUUGGUGAGGCCUUUCCCAGUUAUUUGUGGUAAAAAAAAAAAGCUCUGUGCUCUCGCAAAUUUAAUAUAAUUUAGAGGAGACCUAUGAAAAAUGAGAUGUUUUACACAUAUUUAUAUCAAACUUGUUCACUACAUUUAAUCAUGAUCUGUCAUUAAUAGAACAGUCAACUACGCCAUGAUAAUCUCUUUCAUCUGUUAUUUUAGUCUGAAAGGGGGAACAAAACAAGACACUCCAGUUAUACAGCUGAAACAAACUUGAAAAUCAUCUUAGAACACAUUCCUACUUACCAACCAGCUUUGCGAUUAAAAAAAUACUCGAACAAUUGUGGGAUAAAUGAUUUAAAUGGGGAUUGUGUUUUGUUGUUAACACUGUGACUUUUAGAGGUCCGGCCACAAAGAUACACUACACUUUUUAAUGUGUCUGUCUUGUAACAUGUUGCUGUUUGGUGUUGAGUUUUGUCACAUGGCGCUUGUUUCGUAAAGAAUUAAAGAAAACACACAUCCUCACACCGUUGGUGCUCCUAUCAUAAUGACAUGAACUGAAUGUCUUUAUACAUUCUUUGCUCAGUUCUGUAAACAUGGGAUGGAAUUUUUACUGAACAAGCUUUUAAUUGUGAAUCAUGUCCUCUUUGUAAAGACGUGUUUGGUAUGAGGUCUUCAAUUUCCCAGUAAUGUGACAUUGGGUGGGACAUUGGGUGUUCUGCAACAUAAUGUAUAAUAAUUCAGUAUGUGAGCAAUCUGAACUGCAUACGAUUCUUUUGCUAGAUGUUCAGGUGCAGGUUUUCCCCAACUGUUGAAUUGAACAUUGUUUUAAGCAUUUGCUUGAAACAUAGCCUGACUUCGUCAUACUCAUAUUCUUGUCGAACUUCCCGACCAAAAACUGUUGUGGGCAGGGUUCGGGCUGGCAUCCAGGGUACUUGAAACAUGGAUUGGGAUUUAGAAUGUUUUCCAGUAAUUAAUGAUUUUUUUUUUUCAAGAAAUUAUGUAAGAUCACAGGGGAUAAAUAAUUUACUCUAUAUUCUAAUAGGGCUUCAACUGUUAAAACAUUUAGGAACUUGAGUCUUAUUAAUUUUUCAUUCUUUGCUAAUUAUCAUUGUCUUGAUAAUGUUGUGGAAUUUAAAUAGAUUUUUUUACCGUAUCUUUGACUGCAUGCACUUUUUAUUAAAAUAAAUGGGAAUAUAGAAUUAAAUGGGGAUUCUAGUUUUGUUUUUUACUCUGAUUCUUACAUGCUUUGGCUGAAAUUUUGAAACAAUUGAUUUUUACAGAUCCUGCUACAAAGAGACACUACACUUCUUUAAUGUAUCAAAUAUUUUGGUCACAGUCUUUUGACCUGUUGCCUUAUUGCCUUAUUGAGUUUUGCUCCAUGUACCACUUGUUUCAUAAAGAAUAAAGUAAUUAUAUUAUGAGAC